GUUCUGCGCUUACACAGUAUGGCCGGCGAUAUUAGCUAGCACUCGCUCACGGUAUUCUCUGAAAAAGGGAAGACGGUAAAAAAAACAAGGCAACUACAUCUGGACUGCUCAAGGACUGUAACUAAGCUUAUAAAUUAUAACUACCAAUAAAGGACUAAUUAAAUUGGGAUUCCAUCCGACGCUUAAAUUUCUGUUGUUCGAGUCUGCUUGUCUCACGAUGGAAGAGGACAACGGUGCACACUUCUUCGAGGGGACCGAGAAGCUCCUGGAGGUCUGGUUCUCCCGGCAGGACGAGGCCAAAGGGACCGGGGAUCUGCGCACUAUCCCCAGAUUUGAGUGGGACAAACUUCUGGAGAAUGUGCAUUGCUUGAUUAUAAGUGUGACAAAGACUGACAAGCAGGAAGCUUAUAUACUCAGUGAGAGUAGCAUGUUUGUCUCCAAGAGACGUUUCAUUUUGAAGACAUGCGGAACCACCCUCUUACUGCAGGCACUGGUGCCACUGCUGGAGCUGGCUCGCGAGUACUGCGGCUUCGACGCCAUCGAGAAUUUCUUCUAUUCUCGUAAAAACUUUAUGAAGCCCACCCAUCAAGAGUUCCCUCACCGCAACUUCCAGGAGGAAGUCGAGUUUCUCAGCCAGAUUUUUCCAAAUGGAGCACCCUACUGUAUGGGGCGACUGAACUCAGACUGCUGGUACUUGUUUACGCUGGAGCUGCCGGAAUACUGGGAGAACAAGCAGGCGGACCAGACUCUAGAAGUUCUGAUGAGUGACCUUGACCCAGCUGUGAUGGACCAGUUCUACAUGAAAGACGGUGUUUCUGCUAAUGAUGUCACUCGUAUGAGUGGAAUUCGUGACCUGAUUCCAGGUUCAGUGAUUGAUGCCACGAUGUUCAACCCUUGUGGAUACUCCAUGAAUGGAAUGAAAACGGAUGGAACUUACUGGACGAUUCACAUCACCCCUGAACCAGAGUUCUCUUAUGUCAGCUUUGAAACCAACCUCUCCCAGACGUCCUAUGAUGACAUCAUCCGCAAGGUUGUGGAUGUCUUCAAUCCAGGGAAAUUUGUUACCACGCUUUUCGUCAAUCAGAGCUCCAAAUGUCGCAGCGUUUUCUCUCCGGCGCAGAAAAUCGAGGGCUUCCGCCGCCUUGACCGCCAGUUGGCCCACUUCAACGACUACAACUUCGUCUUCACCAGUUACGCCAAGAACCGGCCGCAGAACCAGAGCUGAACCUCUGAAAUGAAGAAGCGCAAGAAGAAACGGAGCGGCUGCGGAGAGAGACGGCGUGUGUGUGUGGAGUCUUCUGGCUGUAGAUCUUCCCUGAGUUCAACAUUUAUGCAUCCUUGUACCUAUGAAGUAGAUAUCGUGCAUGAAAGCUCUUCUCGUGUCCCUGUAGAUAUUCUGGCCCACUCUUGCUGUGAUCUUGAAGUGCAUGUAGAGUUCUUGAACUUGGUGGUGUGUGUGAGGCAUGUCACACCGGCCCAAUACAUGCAGUGCUCCCUUCCCUUCCUCCAAGUGUCCCCUCGCAUCCCCCACAGACAGGGUUUCCGCCCUCACUAGGCAGGCGCCCUGACGUGCUCGGACCAAUCAGAAGAGCCGCUUUUUCUUUUUGAUUUCCCUUUGGUUUGAUACACAUGACGUCAUUUAAAGGGUUAGUUCACCCAAAAAUGAAAAUUCUGUCAGUAUUUCCUCACCUUUAUGUGUUUAUUUGUUCUGCUGAACACAAAGGAAGAUAUUUGGAAGAAUGUUUGAUCUCAUUCCCCAUUGACUUCCAUUGUAGGAAAUAAUACAUAGGCUACUAUGGUAGUCAAUGGGGAAUGAGAUCUGUAUGAUUAAAACAUUCUUCCAAAUAUCUUCCUUUGUGUUCAGCAGAACAAAUAAACGCAUAAAGGUGAGUAAAUACUGACAGAAUUUUCAUUUUUGGGUGAACUAACCCUUUAAAUAUGCGCAACUCGCUGCUGUAUAGCUAGCUAACGUUUCUGUGAAGAUAUCCCUCCUCGUUCAUCUCGCAGACGGUUGUUAAUUCCGAGUGCGUAGAGAAGUGAAUGUUGUAGAAGUCGAGUAAGUUACCCAUCGCUCCGGGCCUAACGGCGGCUAGUGAAAACGCAACGCUAGCAUUAGGUAGCUAAUUUUUCUUUGUCAGUUUGAAGAUACAAAAAAAGACGAAUGCUCAUCUGAUUUUCUUCAGCUUUCCAGGUUUUGUCGUUAUUGAAAGUACUGAGGAAGUGAAUGUCUCAGAAGAUGAGUUGCUUAACGGUUGCCUUACUCUGCAAUAUAUAACCAUCAUGGUGAAACCCAACUGUCGUCUUCCUGUCCUCAGAAGGCCUUUCUCGUGAAUGUGUCGAGUGUAAUUAAUCAAUAAAGAGCAGUAGUUAGUGGAAAGGUGACUGUGUGAACUGAAAAAGGAGGAUGUUUGUGAAUGAUGUGGAAGACCAGAUGUGAAGGAGAGUGGUGUGUGUGUGUGUGUGUCCUGCUGUUGAAUUGAAACCGCUGGACAGACACUUUGCUUUCGUGUGUCGAUCGCACAGCAAAGCAUUUUUCUUUCUCCAAACAGUGAGUUCUGUGUUUCUCUACAUGAGCCGGUUAGCACACACACACAAUAGGCGCGCGCUGAUCUGAGCACGUCAGGGUCGACCCGGAUCAUUCCACAGAAACCGCAGCUUUAUUACAGUUUCUUCUUCUGUUGCAGUAGGUUUGUCCCUCUCCCGGUCGUUGUGCAUCGAGGGAAAUGUUUAGUUUUCCAUGUGCUAGCGGUUAGCGGCAUAGCGGGAUGUCCACUUCGCAGUGUGUCUGCUUCAGCUCUUUGUAACGUUAUCGAGUUUAAUUUCUGUUUGUAAAAUGUAAGCAGCUUGGUUCACUGGUGUGACGCGCAGUGGGUACGGUGUAUAUCCGUAUCCGAGUGUGUCCCUCAUGGGCUGACACACACCUUUAGCUUGAGAAACCCGCCGGUGUAGUAAUGAACAUCUCUGGGUGUUUACAGUAGGAGUUCAGAAGUUAAUUUCACGCUGCUUGGAGAACUAGCAUCACAUAUCACACCGAGCACUUUUUGUGUGAAGGGUUGGUAGUUUCGAACAUUUAUACAUGGGAUUUCUACAUAUACACACUAUACAUUGAUGUUGCGGACCAAGUAUAUAUUUAUAUACUUUACCUUUUCUUUUUUUUUUCUGGCCCUAUUCUGAGGUGGGGAGUGAACUUUUGAAAUGUUUGGGACCUUUUUCAUCUUUCUACCAGUUCUUCCACGCCUGUGAAGGUGGUGAGGGAACUCGAAAAAGGGUUCGGUUGGGGGAAUGUCAUGGGAAGUUGGGAAGGGGAAACUUUGCUGUUCAGUUCUCUUGCUAUUUCCUUGGUUGGUCAAGAUGUGCUAAAUAUAUCUGUACUAAGAGCUUGAUGCUUUCAAUAAAGUUAACAAAUAUUAA